GGUCCAUUUGCUUCGUGCAGGUGGAUCUCGCCGUGCGAAGGUGGGCUUGGCCUGGCCUCACCAUCGCCCCGUCCAUCGGCCAUCCAUCGUCGAACGAGCACUGCGGCGUCCUUCGCUUCCAUCCCGCAUCUCGCCCGAUUGCCGUUUCCAGCUUGUCCUUCAACGGCUCCCUUCCGCCCUUGACUAUCGCCUUCUGCACCGUCGCUCCCAUCGUCGGUUGUUGCACACUACUUGAUUCAGCCUGCUCGUCCAUUUUACUUCCCUUCGUCCGCCCAUCCUUGUUUGGCCGACUACGAAAUCCUUCUGAACAUGGCAGAGCGCUGCUAUACAUGAGCGGCCUUCUCGAGAGCUUGUUGCUCGAUUAUUUCCCCCCCAAACCAGAAACCUCGCUGUAGUAUCGACGCCACCACCAUGACACGAACAUCUUUCCGACUACCAGAGGCAUGCCUUUCGGCGCUUGCUCUGGCAUCUUGUGCCGCAGCACUCGUUGCGACGCCUUCUCCGAACGCACCCACGGCCUUCUGCUCCCUCUUCUACCCCGAAGCCCAGCCGCCGACCGAUUGCGAACCGAAGCAGCCCACGACCUUUCUGGCAGCCCCGCAAGCAGCAAGAAAGCCUUCUGCUGAUACAUCCAAGACCAAAGACGAGCCGCUCGAGGCCGCUUUUGAGGCCUUGACGGUUAUGCAACAUGAUUUCUUCAUGUCGGACCAAGGGACAUGGCCCGAAGCCAUUGACUGGACCGCCGCCGUCAUGGAGACGAUGCUGUCUGGCACCUUAACCUCGCUUUCGCAGGCCUUGGCCGUGCUUGAUUUCGGGGGCGCGAGUGAAAAGGGCGCGAAGAGAAACUUGAUUGACACUUUCUUCACCCAGCUUGUGGCCUCUUAUUUUGGCCAAGACGAUGUCGCAAUCCGGCACCAGGCAUUUGACGAUAUUCUCUGGGUUGUCCUCGGUUGGAUCGAUGCUAUCAAGUUCGUCGAUAUCCACUCCGGACUGUUCUACCCUCGGGAGGGGCUCAACGAGAGCGCAACUCCAGGUCUCGGAGACGCAUUGGCCAACGGCCCCUGGCAUGGACAAUACUGGAUCCCUUCCUUUGCUCACCGAGCCCGCGUCUUCUGGGAUCUCGGCUCAAAGGGAUGGGACACACGCCUCUGCGGCGGUGGCAUGAAUUGGAACCCGAGAUUGGAACCGUACAAGAACGCCAUCACCAACGAGCUAUGGAUCGCCGCCUCGAUCUCCAUGUAUCUCUGGUUCCCCGGCGACAACAACACCACCCCAUGGAUCAACAGCGCAAGCGGUGUGAAAGCUACCCGAGAGCCCAAGUACCUUGCCGCCGCCAUUGAGGGCUACAGGUGGAUCACCGAAGUCAACAUGACCAACGAUGCAGGCCUCUACGUUGAUGGAUACCACGUGGACAGGUCGAAGCAGGGCAACACUCGAUGUGACCUUCGCAGUGAAGCUGUCUUUACCUACAACCAGGGUGUGCUUCUUACUGGCCAGCGUGGUCUCUUCACCGCAACGGGCAGCGCAUCAUAUCUCGAAGACGGGCACAGACUGAUCCAGGCGGUCAUCAAGGCUUCGGGCUGGGAUUUGAAGCUUGAUCAGCCAGUCGACGACCUUUCGGACCUUCCCCCGGGCUACUUACCGCCCUGGCGAGGGCUGGGCCGUGGAGGCAUUAUAGAGGACUCUUGCGACGCCAGCGCCACCUGCUCGCAGGAUGGACAAACUUUCAAGGGCAUUUUCUUCCACCAUUUCAUCACGUUCUGCCAGCCAAUCGACCCAGCCGUCAUUGAGCCUGGCAUGACUGUCAACGCUCAGGCGUACGAUCAGGUCAAGACUGCUCACGCAUCGGCCUGUCAGGCCUAUCUGGGUUGGGUCCAGCACAACGCCAAGUCGGCUUUAUUGACUAGGGACCAAGAAGGCCGAUUUGGCGCUUGGUGGGGAGCGGGGGUAUUCCAGAAUGCAUUGCCGACGAUGGAGACGGACGGCAUUCCCCACAAUGCGCCAAAUGUGACCGACUACCGCAACUACGGCCUUCCGCACGACGGCGUGUGGGCUGACGGCAACCCCGACAAGGUGUGGGCCCCGAACGGCAAGGCACGCAAGGAUCAGACAAGGAGCUAUGUGUUGGCUGGUGGUCGGGAACAGUCCAGACAGCAUGUCCUCGGUGACUUAAGCAGACAGGGACCGCGCGAAGAAGAAACUGACGGAAACGGAAAUGGCUUCGAACGGCGAGUGAGGACGGCGGCGGUGACGAUGACAAGCGGCGAUCCAAACGACCGCGGACGGGGUAGAACACCGGAGACGCAAAACGGCGGCAUGGCCCUGAUGCGGGCUUGGUGGGAACUCAUAGCCGCCUCCAAUGGAACGUUUGUGAAGCAGCAGCAGUAGCAGCAGCAUGCGAAACGAGGAUAGAGGCAUGACGUUAUGUGGUUUGAUUAGUUGCUUCUUUUUGAGUACAUGAGUAUAAACGAGCCUCCCUCGUGAAUGCCCCAACGCACGAAUAGCAUAGGCGCCGGACGGUUACGACGGCCUCACUUUUCCAUAUCCAAAGCCUUGUUCAUAUUCCUUCGCAUCCAUAUAUCACUAGCCUUCGUGUGUUGUCCUGAACGCGCUCAUCAUUGGUUCGGUCGGAGUUGCCGGCUCCAGCAAAGCACUUUUCCCCAAUCCUCCUCCUCCAGAUGCAUUGCCCCCGCGCGGGCAACGCUACUCGUUCUCACGCCGCCCCCUGGUACUUUGCUGAUUGCUGAUUGAUUGGGCAGCCAGCCGAGUACGAUUCGGUUGCGAAUGGAGGGACUGGCAAGUGGACGUGGCUUGCUCAGCCCUCGUGCGUCCUUGCGGACCUAGCCGCUUCGUCGUUU